GGGCGAUAUACAGUACUGCGCCAACCGUGCUUAACCUUCUAACCCACCAACUGACGUUCUUUCCGGCUCCGGUCCCUACGCAAGUGUAAAGAUGCUGAUGCCCAAGAAGAAUCGCAUUGCUAUCUAUGAGCUCCUCUUUAAGGAGGGAGUCAUGGUGGCUAAAAAGGAUGUCCACCUGGCCAAGCAUCCAGAACUUGCUGACAAGAAUGUGCCCAACCUUCAUGUGAUGAAAGCAAUGCAGUCUCUGAAGUCCUGUGGGUACGUCAAGGAGCAAUUUGCCUGGCGUCAUUUUUAUUGGUAUCUCACCAAUGAGGGAAUCCAGUACCUAAGAGACUUCCUUCACCUUCCUCCUGAGAUUGUACCCGCCACCCUGCGCCGCCAGACCCGCCCUGAGACAGCCAGACCCAGGCCCAAAGGAAUGGAGGGAGAGAGACCUGCCCGCCUGAACCGAGGAGAAGCCGACAGAGACACCUACAGGCGAUCUGCUGCACCCCCUGGUGCCGACAAGAAAGCAGAGGCUGGUGCCGGAGCUGCCACAGAGUUCCAGUUCCGAGGUGGCUUCGGACGCGGCAGAGGACAGCAGCCUCAAUAAAUUUCAUUGGUUUAUUAAUAAAGAAAAUAAAACAA